CUUUAACCUAAACCUUGAAGCUGAAAGGUUUAAACUAUGGCAGAAAAAAAAAAUUCAAAACAUGCCUACACUGAAUCGUUUGCCUCUAAUGUUUGAUGAGUGGGUGUCGAUUGCCCUUGAUGCGUGGCUAAAGGUGGGCAACCAAAGCAUCCAGAGGAUUUUCUACCUAGACUCAUGCUCUCAGUCUCUCACAGUCUCACGCAGCAGUGCUUAGCGUCCACCGGGGCUCCGAUCAGCCAGCAUCCAGUUCAAUUCCGAGUUCCGGCUUCCCACCGAAUCAACCUCUCUCUCAGUCUCAGCCAUCGACCUCAGGUUUUUGAGAUUGUUGUCGAACCAAAGCUUCUGCAACCCACAUUUGUUUUGGACUAUCAUAUUGAGAUAUCUCCUCUGGCAAAACCACUGCCACAUCGAAGGUGGCCAAAAAAAUUAUUAUAUGAACCUAGAAAUACCCGCCAAAACCCCGAAGGCAAAUUACCUUAACCAUCAAAGGAAAGAGCUCACUUCACUCAAAAGCUAAGGCUUCUUCAAUUCUGUCACAGAAAAUGUCCACCCAAAAGCUUUCCAAAACCUUGAAAAAAAACCUCCCCUCAAACUCUGCUUCGCUAUCAAACCAUGAAAUCGCCGAAAAGAUAUCUGAAACCCUUAUCAGCUCGGGCCUUAAACCCCUCCAGACUGUACCAUCCCUGCUCUCUAGUCUCAAUUCCCACAUAACUCACCUUGUUCUCUCAAACCCACAUGUCCAACCCCAUUCUUGCUUGAGUUUCUUCAACAUUCUGCGAAGAAAUGAAUCUUUCACUUCUCAAAAACCUGAUCUUCGAGCCCAUGUAACCCUCAUUUCUAGGCUAUAUGGGGCUCGAAAGUUUGCAGAAAUGAAGAAUAUAUUGAAUUGUGUUGUGACCGACGAUAAUCUCCAAUGCCCAGUUUCGAUUAUUGUUUCGUUGAUUGAGGAUGGGUGUAAUGAGUCUAAAUUUGUUGAUAAAUUGUGUGAUAUGCUAAUGAGGGUUUACGCGGAUAAUAGAAUGUUUGAAGAGGCUGUAGGGGUUUUUGAUUAUAUGGAGAAGAAUGGGUUUGAGAUUGAGGAGCGGUCAUGCUUUGUGCUUUUGCUUGCUUUCAAGAGGUGUGAUCGGGUGGAGUCGUGUUUCGGGUUCUUUCGUCGAAUGGUUGAGUCGGGCAUUGAGAUUACGGUUUAUUCGAUGACUAGUGUGAUUGAUGGGUUGUGUAAGAGAGGAGAGGUUGAAAGAGGUAGAGAAUUGAUGGGGGAAAUGGUUGAUAGAGGGAUUAAACCAAAUGUGAUUACUUACAAUACAUUUGUAAAUGCAUAUGUUGAAAGAAAGGAUUUUGUGGGUGUUAAUGAGAUUUUGAGCUUGAUGGAGAAGGAUCAAGUGGCAUACAAUGUGGCAACUUACACAAUUUUGAUUGAAUGCUAUGCGAGCUCUGGCAAGAUAGAAGAGGCCGAGAGAUGCUUUGAGGAAAUGAAUAAUAAGGGGAUCAAAGCAGAUGUUCAUGUUUAUACUUCAAUUAUCAGUUGGAAUUGUAGAUUAGGUAAUAUGAAAAGGGCAUUUGCAUUGUUUGAUGAAUUAACUGAGAGAGGCCUUGUUCCUAAUGUUCACACUUAUGGGGCUCUAAUUAAUAAUGUAUGCAAGGCUGGGCAGUUGGAGGCAGCAAAAAUGUUGGUAAAUGAGAUGCAAAGCAAAGGACUUGACCUAAAUCAAGUGAUAUUUAAUACAUUGAUGGAUGGUUAUUGCAAAAGAGGGAUGAUAGAUGAAGCUCUAUGGCUUCAGGUCGUCAUGGAAAAGAAAGGACUUGAGACUGAUGUGUUUACUUAUAGCAUAAUUGCUAGUGGGUUGUGUAAAUUAAAUCGGCAUG